UCAAGACAUUUAGAUAUUAAACAAUUAAAUAAUUCCAGAUGGGAAUGCUUUAAUGUCGAAUUGCUUUUUGAUUCUUAGUUCCAAGUAGUAUUUUGCCGUUAUUAAGUGAAAAUAACACACAAACCAUUAUUAAAUGAAGUCUUCAUCAAAUUGACUUAAUAAUAUACUAGUUUAUUUCACUGUUAAUCAUUAUGAGUAACUCUAGUCCUAAUGUUGAGUCACUUUACAAUAAGUCAUUAAAUCAGUUAUGCUAUUCUAUGAAUGAAGACAUCCUGAUAAAUGUGUUGAAGUGGUUACCACCAUCAAUUAGUAUGCAAAUCGUGUGGAAGGUCUUACAUGUUAAUGAUGGUAGUGAAAAAUGUAUGUAUAAUCAUAUGAUCCCAGAUAGUGAGCUAUCUUCCAUUAAUCGAGGACGUGAAAUAGCUCAAAUGUCAUUACACAACUCAGGUUAUACAGCACCUGUUUCUUAUAGACAAAUGAGCUCUGAAACUCAUGAAGGAUUUGCCACCAUACAACAAACUAAAUUUAUUGAUCGUUUCAAUUUUUCUCAUCAUUUCAAUUUAACUUUGUUUUUAAAAUUUGUGGAUGUCACCAAUUACCGAAGUAAACUGUUCACUAUUUUUCAGAUUUGUAUACAAAUUAAUGGUUUUCAAUUUCCUAAACAAUUGGCUGAUGAAUGGAUAAAAAUAGAUAUACAAGAUGAAAAUAAUAUUGUAUAUGGCCAUCAUAUUGAUCAAGGUCUCAAAUUAGGAAUUUUUCUUGGGGAUGCCGGAUGGUUCGGAGAAUGUGCACUAGUUUUAUCACAUACAUACAAAAUAAUUACUUCAAAAUGGGUGUGUCCUGACCGAAAUUUAAAACUGGUCAAAAUUAUUCAAUGCUUAACCAAGUGGUUAUUAGUAGUGUCAAAUUACCAUAAUUUUGACGAAGCUAAAGAAGUAUUACAAAAUAUGCUGCAAACUAUCAGUAUCAUCGAAAAAAUGGAAGAAAGAACAUUGUGUAUAGCGUAUGCCUAUGUAUCAGUUUCACAGUAUUACUAUGUAUUAAUGGAAUUUAAUGAGGCUUGGUCAUGGGCGGUUAAAGCUGUUUAUGAACUUCGAGAUAAGAGUGCUGAUAUUUUAAAACUGUUAGUAAUAAGUCAUGCUAUUAGAGUUUGUUCUGUUUUGAACAAAUUGAGCACAGCAAGAAAAUUGAUUAAUCAAUUGCACACAUACAAAAAAGAAAUUGAUGAAAACGUUUAUGUUGAUUUGUUAUUAAAUGAAGCAUGCUACUCAUUAAAAGCAGAUUUAGCAAAAGAUAGUAUUAACAGUUAUUAUAUCGCAUUAGAUUCUAGAAGAAAUUUAUUUGGUUAUUACAAUUUACAUACUGCGAUUGUUUUUGUUGAUUAUGCAUAUGCUCGGUAUGUUUGCGAUUAUUCAACAACUGACUUUAAUGAAGCUAUGCGAAGUAUAUUACAAGGAAUAUUUAUCAUGGAAAAAAUUGGUUUACCAAAUGACAAUAUGUUGUUAGUAAAUGCUGGACGAAUAAAAGCAUUGAUACUAGAAGAAAAAGCGUUAGAUAUAAUGGACAGAGGUAUCGAUAUUUACAUUCAUGAUGGUAUACGAGAUUUACAAGCUGAUGGAAUAAAGCGAUUGUUGGAAAGAAUGAAGAAGAACAUGUUAAAUGAAGCUGAAGCUCUCCAUUUAAAAGCAUUAAAAGUUUCUUUACAAGCAGUUGGAGUAAAAGCCCUACUUACAGCAAAAUCAUACUGUAAUUUGGGAAGACUUUAUCAAAGCCAGGAAAAAUAUACGCAAUCCGAAAAAAUGCAUUUAAAAGCUAUUGAAAUCAAAGAAUCAAUUUUAGGUAAAGAUAACCCAGAAGUUGCUUUAUCUUUAGGUCACUUGGCUAGUUUGUACACAUAUCAAUUAAAAAAAUACCAAGAGGCUGAAGUACUUUAUUUGCGUUCAAAAACGAUAUAUGAAACUACUUAUGGUCGUCAGUAUACAGGAUUGCUGUAUGAUUUCCAAGGAUUGGUAGAAGUUUAUCGAGAACUAAAUAAUACUGAAAAGUAUAAUCAAUACACUGAAAAUAUAUUAAGGUUUCAUGAAACACGUGAAGCUUGGCUGCAUGAGGUGCACACUGCAACUGAUGAAAACUGUACUAAAGAUGAUUUAAGUUUAGAAAAAUUUAAAUGCAUACUGAAUGAAUGCGCUUGUGACAAGUAGUAAAUUAAAAUGUAAAAUUAUUAAAAUUAGAAAACUAAAAAUAAAAG